GCUCAAUUCCUGCACCAUCAAACAUUGCCUCUUCAUAAACGACUCGAUUUCAUCUCAAUUGCUCGAAAACUUCCUCUAACUCUUCAAUUGAACCGACAGCCCUCACAUUAAUAUCACCAUGUUCUCGAGACAAGCCACGCAGAAUGCACGCUUCGCAGCUCGCGCUGCAGGCCGCCCAGCGGGCCGCGUAGCAAACCCUAGAUUCCGCGCCCAACAGCCCCGUUUCCAGUCCACAGCAACCGCUGGCAACGCAGGCGCAGGAUCACAUGCUGCCAUUGGUGCAGCCUCUGGAGCCACCGCUGCGCUCGUCGUUGGUUACAUCUUCUACCGUCAAUCAGGAGCUCGUGACCUCGUUGUAGCCACCAAGACGACCAAAGACUACGUCAACUCAGCCACCCAGAAAAUCAAAGAGCAGACACCCGAGCCUAACGAGGCAUUGGCAUGGCUGCGCAAUGCCGCCCAGAGCUACGCUGCUUUCAUCCCCGGAGCCAAGUCGUAUGUUGAUUCGGCCUUCGACGACCUUGAUGCCAUCCGCGAGAAGCACGGCGAUGAGGUAGACAAGAUAGUCCGCGAAGCUUAUGAUGAGAUGCGCAAGGUCCUCAGCAAGGGCGACGUCAGUCUCGUUACCGCACACCAGACCUGGGACGUCCUCACCAAGCACCUGUCCCGCGUUGCAGAGCUUGCCGGCGACGCUUCGCAGCAGAUUCUGGACAACCACCCCGCGUUGAAGGAUAAGGUUGGUGGCAACAUCGACUUGCUCAAGGAGUACGGCGACAAGUACGGCCCCGAGGCAAAGGAGGAGGUCGAUCGCACAUGGAAGCAGAUCAGCGACAUUGUCAAGACUGGUGUGAGCGCCGCAAACAUCGAGAAGAUCAAGAGCGUGGUGCAGGAGAAGGUCGAUAAACUCAAGAAGUUGGGUGAUGAGGCGUGGGACAAGGGAAUGGAGCAAGCCAAGCCCUACCUGGACAAGAACCCCGAGGUCAAGAAGCUUGUUGAGCAGAACGCCGAUGCGCUAAAGGGCGGAAACGUCCAAGAACUCUACGAGCGCGUCAAGUCUGCAGUCGAGAAGGGUGAUGCCGGUGAUCUCGAGAAGUACGUCAAGAGCGCUGCCAACAAGGCGAAGGAGUCUGGCCUGGGCGACUACGAGCAGUACCUCAAAAAGAUCCCCGGCGGUGACCAGAUCCUGCCCAAGUUGAGCCAACUCCAAGAGGUUGCGCAAAAGCAUGGUGAUGAGGCGCAGAAGCUGUUGAAGGAUGCUGUCGCCGAGAUCGGGGAAGUACUCAAAAAGAAGGGCGAUGAGGCUGAGGAGCUCGCGAAGAAGGCGAAGAAUGACUCGAAGAAAUAGGUGCACAAAGACUGUGUGGCUAUGAUAGGAUAAUUGCUGUAAAAUAUGUAGCAUUACCGGCGUCCACUUGCAUGGUAGCGAGUAUGAAUAAAAUGAACGAUUUCCAAGUUAUCAAUCGAGC